CAGUAAAGAACAAGAGUCCAAGUACCAGGAGACUCAUCCAAAUUUACGGAAGUUGGAAAACUCAGACUUCAGUUCCAGUGCGACCAGUUCAAACAAUCCAGCCCCGUCUGAUUGUUACCCCAAGAACCAGCACCUCCGUGCUUGCCACCAGAAAAUUGAUAACAACUUAGAUGACAUGUCCUCCGGGCUGGGCCGACUGAAAAACCUUGCUCUGGGCUUGCAAACUGAAAUCGAUGAGCAGGAUGAGAUCCUUUAUCGCCUCACUGGGAAAGUGGAUGCCUUGGACAUCAACAUCAAACGCACAGACAAGCGAAUCAAGGAUGAGCUUUAAAGAAACCUAUUUGUCUCUCACCUCUUGUUUUUAAACUCAAUAUAUUUUAUGCAGCUGGAGGGGAGGGGGGCUUUUCUUGCCCCGCUGCAUUGGGGAAGCGCUAGAGCAAAGAGGUUGCUAGUCCCUCUUGCCGUGUGAUUAAAAUUGUGAAAUAGCCUUGAAAGUGCAAUCUGAGAAAUUUAAGCUACUUUCUUUCACGUUUAAUUCAUAAAAGCACUCUGAAGCGUUGUCUUCUGGGACUUCUGAUUUUGGAGGAAACAUCUCAGUUCUUGGACAAUGAUUGGAGAGGACAAUUUAUACCCUGCCUUUUCAGUAUUUCUUUCGCCUUAAUUGUAGCAGGUACAUUUAAUUAAUUGCUGCCUCCUUCCCUUACUGCUCGUGUGUACAUUUUCACAAAAGGCUAGCUCCGUAUAGUUGAAGGACUGCAUAAGAGGAAAGUUUGCCUUAACAUUUCAAAUGCUGGGUUGUGACAAGAUGCUUCUGGUGCACACCCUCACCCCGACCCCAAACUUAAGCUACACCAAUAAAGCAGUCAUCAUCAAGUCAAUUGUUUAUUCCAGUCAAAGGACCAGAGCAAGUUAAAAACACUUAAGGAAUAUCGAGUUAAAAAUUUCUAGAACGAAAUAAUCUCUCUUAAAAAUCUAGUCUUCCAUUUUCUGGUGCAUGCGUGCGUGGUAGUAACCAGAAAACUUGCUGGC